AUGGAUGAAGGGGGUUCAAGAGGAAAAGGCAAGGAUGAAGAAGAGCAUGUUAAGUACAGAGGGGUACGUAGGAGGCCAUGGGGAAAAUUUGCAGCAGAGAUUCGUGACUCAUUGAGACAUGGUCAAAGGUUGUGGCUAGGAACUUUCAACACAGCAGAGGAAGCAGCUAGAGCCUAUGAUAGAGCUGCUUAUGCCAUGAGGGGUCCCUUUGCAGUCCUCAAUUUCCCUCAUGAGUACCCUCCUUCAGCUGCUUCUUCUUCUUCUUCUUCUUCUUCUAAUGCUUCUUCAUCUUCAUCUUCAUCUUCAGCUUCAUCUUCAGCUUCGGCUUCAGCUUCGUCAGCAUCUGCACCCUCUUCAAGUCUUGCAAGAGGAAGCAAUGAGCAAUCUAAUCAAGUGUUUGAGUUUGAGUACUAUGAUGAGAAGUUGUUGGAAGAGCUUCUUGGUUAUGAAGAGAAAACUAAACAUGACAAGUGAAGCAUGGCGUAUGUUCUUGUAAC